AGAUGAAUUAAAAAAAGUUAUUCAAAAUUGGAAUUUAGAUAGCAAAGUAUUUAUUAUUAUUAUGGAUGGUGGUUCCAAUAUGAUUAAGGUUUGUCAUUUUUUAACAAGUAAAUUUGGUAUAAACCGUUUACCCUGUGCUGCACAUACUCUUCAAUUUUCUGUUCAAGCUGGAAUUAAACAAUUAGAGUUAAUUCAUACAAGACUUAAAAGUUUGCAAGCAUUUUUUCGCAGUCCAAAACAAGCUCAACGACUUCGUGAAGAGCAAAAAAAACUUACACAUGAAGAUCAAGAUAUCAAUAAUGAUCCUACUGCUAAUAAUUCAAAUCAAUGGAAUCCAUUAGAUAUAUUAACUGAUUGUAAAACACGUUGGAAUAGUACGUAUCUAGCAUGGAAAAGAAUUUUAAAAUUAGAUGAUGCUAUUAGAAGUCUCGCAGCUACUCUUAGUUUAGCAAAAGAUACUCAAACUCGUAAUGAAGGUGAACGUCUUAAUAGAUUGCGUCUUAAUUCUGAAGAAUUUAAUUUUAUAGAAAAUAUAAUAAAACUUUUGGCACCAUUCGAAGCAAUUACUCGACAAAUUUCAGGAGCUAAAUAUCCUACUAUUAGUUUAAUAUAUCCUUAUAUGCGUUUAUUAAAACAAAAAUUUGCUCCAACAGAUAAUGUUACUAUAGAAGAUUAUAUGGAUUUAAUAUAUGAAUUAUUAAAUAGAGUUCGUGCUGCAGUUUACCUUUCUCUUGAUGAAUUAUGGAAUAUUCCAGAUGAUGUUGCUCUUUUGGCUACAAUUUUAGAGCUACGUCUUAAAGAAACAUCAAAUUUUCAACAAGUUGAAGAACUCGAUACUUUAUUUGUUGAUAUGUGGGCUCCUUCUCAAGAAAUAAUUCAAGCUGAAGAAGAUGAAAUUGCUUGA